ACAGACCUGAAGGUAGCUGGGGACUACAUUGCCACUAUUCCCACACGUUCAUGGACCUUGAGUAAAGAAGAACUCGGGAAGAGCCGAACAGGUUGAUUCUGUUCAAAAUCGUGGCAGUAGUUGCCGUAGCACCCAUACAACUCGCCAAACAGGUUGAUUCGCUUCAAACUUCAACAAGGUUGAUCCUCCUGCCCUCCUCAUUGCUCACUGCGCCAUAUAAACAACACCUGUUCCCUCUUCCCCAACCAAAACCACCCUGCUCGAUCCCAAUCCAAUCUACCGUUUCCGCCUACGCUGCUUCGCCUCCUCCUCCUCCCCUGCUUUGCGGCAUUUCGACGAACACUUCGUGCGCCUCUUCUCCCGCGCGCUCCUUCGCGCACGCGGCAACUCGGCAAUUCCACGGGCACCUUCUCCGAGCGUUCACCACGAUGGAUGACCGCGGCGCCUCGGUAUCCGCAGCCAUCCGCGAUGAGGCCCGGGAGGCCUUGAAGCUCCACAGCGCGGGCCACCCCACGGAGGCGCUGACGCGCGCCAAGGAGCUCGCCAGCGCGCACCCGGACUCCGCCGUGGCGCUCAACCUCGCCGGCUCCCUCCACCAGCAAGCCGGCGUCAUGGCAUGGACCAACAGGUCCCCAGAUGAAGAGGGGCUCGCAUCUGCCCUGGAGUGGUAUCAUCACCGCGCCUCCCUCAACGCUUUCUCCGCCGCUGCGCGACUUGCCCCCGAGUGCGUGGUCACCGCCGUCGCCCACGCCCAGGAGCUCGCCGCCUGUCACCAGUUCUGCGACGCGCAGGCGGAAUUGUGCCGCGCGCGCGCCCUCUCGACGACUCACACCGGCUACGCCGACCCGGCUGUGCACAACGUGGAAUACGACCUGUUUCGCGGCUCCACCAAGAAGGCGAGGAAGCAGAACGCUGUGGCCAAGGUCCAUGACGUUAUAGAGGGCUUUGCGAUCAUGGUCUGCAACGAGAUUAUCCCCAGAGAGGCCGAGGAGUUGCUGAACGCCAACAAGCUCGGCGGGCGUGCCGCUGCUGAAGCGCGAGAGCGUGCAAAGCUUCUCUCCCUGAGCUAUCCGUACUCGGGGCGUGCCCAGAUACUCCGCGCAUAUAUCGACUUGGCACAAGUCCGUGCCCUCGACCUGGCAAUUGACAAGAUGCGCUUUCUACGCCGCACUCUCAGCAUGAUUGGUGAAGCGGCAAAGGUCUUCCGCUCCUCUCUCAUGAUCGCCUUGUUCCACGCAAAGCUCUUGUUCGUCCUGGAUGAGUUUGAUGCUGCAGAGGAAGAGUGCCGCCGAGCACUUCGCAUCGAGACUCCUUGUGACCCCAAUGAGGACGACAUACCUCCUUUAGCUGUCAGGGGAGCAGAUUAUGAUGCCAGAGUAUCUUCUGUCAAGAAGCAGCUCCGUGUCUUACUCAAGCAUAUCGUAGUUGUGGCUGCCCUAUACUGGAGCCAUAUGGUAAGCACGCUGCAGGAAGAAAGAAUCAUAUCAUUCAGGGUUGAUACGCUGCAUGAGCACUAUGGUGGAAUCGACCAGUCGGCAGCAAAGACCAUAGCUGAUGCACGACGCUUUAUCAAGAAACACAAUUCAUGGAGUUUCUGGAUUUGCCCCCAUUCCCGUUGCGAUGGCAAGAAGUUUAUGGACACUGAUUCUCUCUGGCAGCACAUGUGCAGCAAGCACCGAGAGGAGCUCUGGAAGAAGCUGCAGUCAAUUUUAGGUCCAGAACUUUGUGAAAAUACGUCAGAGGGUGAUCAUUCAUUGGAUGGAAUUACAGUUACUCUCUGUCAAGAUUCAGGCCAGCAUGACAUCUUCCAUUUACCAAGGGUGCAAGAUAUGUUUGAAUCCUUGCUACAUUGUCCAUCUAUUGGAAUACAGACAGAGCCCUUUGCUGAAAUGCGACAAAGGAAAUGCAGAGAAGGAUGUGAGAUCCUUGAGGGCAUCAAGGAGAAGUUGAGGAUGUUGCCUUCAGAUGUAUUUAGCACUGAGUUUGUGGAGUAUUCUUUUGGAAUACAGAACUUGUGGCUUAAGUUCCUUGAAAUUUCUGUUAUGGAUUAUCGUGAAGUCAUCCUUCCCCUUGCGAGAUCAUUCCAAUGGACAAAGAUAAAAAGAUGGAUUGCAUAUAAUGUAAAUGAUCCUGAUAGGAGUAUUGGUGAUGUUAAUAUUGACACAGUGUUCAGUAAAGUUCAUGGUGCCCCUGACAGGAGUGCUUCCAUAGAAAAUGGCUCAAAUCCCUCCCACUCAAACAGUAUUGACCAUCAAAAUGGUGAAAACCUGAAGACAGAGAACGGUGAUGUUAAUAUUGACACUGUGUUCGGUAAAGUUCCUGGUGCCCCUGACAGGAGUGUUUCCGUAGAAAAUGGCUCAAAUCCCUCCCACUCAAACAAUAUUUACCAUCAAAAUGGUGAAAACCUGAAGACAGAGAAUGGUGAUGUUAAUAUUGACAAUGUGUUCGGGAAAGUUCCUGGUGCCUCUGACAGGAGUGUUUCCCUCGAAAAUGGCUCAAAUCCCUCCCACUCAAACAAUAUUGACCAUCAAAAUGGUGAAAACCUGAAGACAGAGAACUUGAAGCCUUUAUGCUCAGACGAGACACUUAAGGCUGAUGAGAAAUAUGAAGAAAGGUACAAAAUUCAGGUUUGUGCUGAAGAUGGCAAUUCUGGGACUGUGGUAAACCAAAGAACGUCAGAUCCACCAAUUGACGUCCAUGAAAACGGGAUGGACAUACUUUCAAGAAUUGCAGUUGCAGAACUAGAUAAAAGAGGAACUUCUGGCCAAGCUGUCAAUGAAAUGACAAGCACCUCCAACUAUGAACAUAUUGUUAUUGUUCUCAACAAAAAUAAUGCUGGCGAAGACCAGUUUAUCUUGAAUCUGAUCAUACAGCUAUUGUGCAAUCUGAGACAUUUCAGAGAUAAGUUUCUAACCGAGCCACUUGUAUGGAUCCCAUGUGUUGACAACCCCUGCAUUGCUCAGAUAUUUUAUGAAAUCUUCUCAUCUUGGGAGAAAAAUGAACACCACCUAACAGAUGUACUACUGACUUACAUGGAGACACUUCUGUGUGGAAUUGUAGACUGCAACACUUUUUAUGAAAAGUUGCAGGUUGGGAAAAAUUUAGCUUCUGAGAUUGUGGCCACAAUUCUCAUUGGGUUGCACAUGUCAGAAACUUCUUCGCGUUUUCGUUUCAACAGGGAGACCGAGAGACAGGUAGUGAACCCAAUCACCUGCGGAGAUUGCAUAUGCCCAACACAUAAUCUUUUUGGGAUCAAAUUCGACGCGCAAAUGAGCUGCAGGUGUGGGAAUUGUUCUGAAGGAUACCUAUAUACCACACUUUUUCAUAAACUCGAUGCUGGUUCACCUCAAACAACAAAGAUCAAGUCCUUUGCAGAGCUUCCUGUUCUAUUGGAUGAACAGUUCUGUAGGGAAAAUGACUGCGCACAUUGUGGAAGUCUACAGAACAUUGAUCUCUUUCUUUCCAACACACCACACUUCUUUACAAUAGUUUUGAACUGGCUAGGUGGCAGUGAAAGCCAGGACACAUUCUCUGAAGUGCUGGCUGGCAUUUCAUCUCCCCAUGGAACUGAAUUCUUUUGCAGAAGUGCUCAUUCUGCAACUAUGUAUGCUGUCACCUCCAUGGUAAUCCAAAAAGGAGGUGAAAGCAAUGAGCUAUGUGGUAUUGGUUGAUACCAUUGACCUGAGAGUUUAUAAGUUGUGUUGCUAUUUGUUACUUCUUCCUUGACUGGUGCUUGAUGCUACAUUAGUUUUGAGAUCUGUGUGAUGCAUCUUAAUUAUCAGCAUAGAUGCUGUUUAAUGCUCACAAACUGGGUGAGGUCAAGUUGGUAUAAGACUGAAGAAAGGUUCCUGUUUUUCUGGAAUAAAAUGGAGCAGGGUCAUAAAUGGUUCCGUCACCAGGUUCAAACUGACUAGGUUACCUUGAUAAUACAUCUUUCUGCUAUUUCUAAAUAAGUGGAUAACGGGUAACUAUGAUAUCAUAUCUGACUUGUUCAUAUUAUACACGGAGUAGCUCUGGGAGAUAUCUGGAAGUUGUCAAUUCGUCCUAUCAGCAACAUAUAUUGUCCAUCUACUUCACUUAUAUCAGAAUAUUUGGAACAUUGAACAGAAGAAUUUCGGCAAGAAUCACCAGCUCGUGCGAACUGUAUGUCACUGAGCUUUUUCUGUAAAAUGUUCCAUUGAAACAUUGGAGAAAUUCAUAUGUAGGUAACCUUCUUGGACCUUGCAACCUCUGCUGCUCAGUUUUCCUUCCCUUCAUAUUUAAUAGGAAACGGUCUCAUCAAAUCACAUGGAGUGGUUGCAGAACAUAAGAUGGAGUUACCUUUUAUCUGCACAUUUUGUCUCCCGCUCUCUCUGUCUUAUUCUUUUUACUAGUCACUGUCCUGGUGCUUUGAGUUUUACUACAGGCCUGCAAGGUUGGUUGGAUGCUCUAGUUACAUAAAUCUGUUGUCUUAUGUAUGUGAACAUAGUCUCUCCUUGCAAAUACAUCACACUUUAGCAUUCAUCUUAUAUCAGCUUGCAAAACUCUUUACAGAUCUGCUAUGCUGAGGACCGCUACGUCUGCUUUGCUCGUGACGAGGACAGGUGGCUCAUAUAUGACUCUGACACUAUCGAGAGUGAAGAUACUUGGGAGCAUUUGCUAGAGCGUUUCAGGGACUGCAAGCUCCAGCCUGAAGUUCUUAUUUUUGAGGUCAUCAAGUAGAUUUGCAGAAUCCAGACCGUUGUUACCAUUUUCUAUGGUUGGUCACUCGAACAUCGAAGAUAGGCUUUACGGUAAUGUGACUUUCGAACAGAUUGGUUCAUGUCUACUUGUAACCCCCACGUUGUAAUGGCAACCCGAUACGUUCGCCUGGCCAUCAGAUUGAAAAAGGGUAGCUCCGUUUCAGUUUUAUUUUUUGAAAA